AUGAGGUGGCCGGCUGAGCCAGGGUGCGGAAGCCAAGGGCCUGCGACACCCGAAAGGGCUAACAAGCUUAGGUUUCUACUUGUUGGGAAAACGGAUAGUGGAAACCACCCUAGUGGUUGGUUGGUCGCUCGCACUGUGCGCUACAGUACUGCGGAUGCAGAGAUUGGACCUUGCAAGGGUUUAAUUUCGCACGAUUGCAAGCUUCUGCUGUUACUGUGUGGAUACUUUGAGCGCAAUCCUGGACCCCUCCGGUUUGUGCAGCAGAACGUUAACGGUGUCUCAGCAGUAAAGCUAUCAAGCCUACUUGCUCUAGAUGCAGACGUCUAUCUUCUUCCGGAGGUGAAGAAGUUGCGUGAGGCGUCUCGCAUCUGUAAGGUCCCGCCAUACACAGUUUACUGUAGCCCCCCGAACGCUCGGGGUGGAAGAGUUGCCAUCUUGGUGCACCAACGAAGCAGCAUCCAGACCAGGAGUGUGACAUGGAAAGCACUCCCAAACGACACUGGCAUCAAAGCCGUAACUGUGAAAUUGUGA